CAAACACUCACGUAGCCAUGUGGGUGCCCCAUAUAGAAUGAAGGUUUGAUAUAAAGCAACGCGAAGGCUGUCGGCCGGACGAUAAUGGUAACGAAACCUGGUAUCUUGUGUUUGAACGAACUCUUAACGAAGAACCCGAGACGGAUACUUGUUGGCAAGGAGACAAGUAGCCGGUGUUUACAGACGUUUAUACAUAGGUGUAUACACAACGAUGUACACAAACCCUGUCUGUCGUGACAUCAAGCAUAUCAACGUUUACGUGAAUGAUUACAACAGAGAAAUAACUGGCAGUAGGUCUGAUUAAACAUCAGCCAUAUGCCACAAGGAAGUAAUCGGGAAUCCAGACUGAGAUUGUUCUGUGAUUGAUGCUCUUGAAACAUUCCUGGAGGUCAACUGGCAACUGCUGAGAAGACUCGUGACCGCGUGCCGGCUUCCAAGUGUCUUAAUCCUUAUCUUGGUGGUAUUUAUAAAAAAACAAACUCUUUGAAUAAAAGGACAUCAAUGCAGAUUGUCAGCGCAUGAAGAUGUAGUUUUGAAUAAUUAUUGCAUUACGUAAACUUUCGAUAACGAAUAUGCUAUAAAUUCAGGGAAUUUGGAGAUUGGAUGGGAUGCCAAGAAUAUGUUGUUGCUUCAUAACCUGACAAGAACAUCUGACUCAAUGACUUCCCUUGUACCAACACCUCUUCCCGAAACAUGUCAACCAGACUGGGACAACGAUCACGAACGUGUUAAGAGAAUUGUGUUAAUACCCUUGUCAAUCUGCAUCAUACUGAGCAACGGGGCAGUGUUACUCUUCAUAGCAUUACAGAGGAAGUUCCAUCGUCCAACUUACUGGUUUGUGACAUCACUAGGAAUAGCAGACAUGUGUAUUGGCUUCGUGUCAAUAGGUACAGUGGCGACGAAGGCAAAUGAGUCAACUUUAAACGUGUGUCUUGUCAGAAUAGGAUUCACAAUCAGUGGAAUUCAAGCAUCCACGAUGUGCGUCAUGUGGAUUGCCAUUGACCGAUAUAUUGCAAUAACACGUGCUUUGAGAUACACGCAGAUAAUGACAACGAAGAAAGUCGUCUUUGCCAUGGUGUGGAUCACCACACAGUCACUUCUCGUGGGAUUCGCGCCUCUGAUUGGCUGGAAUAAUGCGACUUAUAACCAGUACUGCUCUUUUUUAUUCGUGGUAUCACCUGGAUAUGUUGUGCUGAUAUUCAUUAUAGGGGUGGUGCCUAUUUUGAUAGUGUUUGUCAUAUACGUUCGAUUGUACUGCAGUGCAAGAGGCCACAUCAAGCGAAUCGAUGCUUUAGAGCAACUCGGUGUGACCCGGAAGUCAAGUGGAAUCUUUGGCAUUUCCGCCCGGAACUGGAAGUCAGUGAAAACUCUUCUGUGUGUGAUUGGCUGUCUGUUGAUCACGUGGUGUCCUUUCUUGAUAGCGACUGUUGUUCAGUUGGUCUCCGGAGAGAAAGCUUGUUUCUUAAAGGAAAUUAUUGGAACAUAUUUAUUGAUAUUGGGGUUUUCUAAUUCGUUUCUUAAUCCACUAAUCUAUGCAGUGGGAACGAAGGAUUUCCGGGACAACUUCAAAAGCACAAUAAAGCGGCAGUGUUGUCCAGCGUCAUAACCCUUCUAUAAGAGGACGUACAUGCCUUAGUGUAAGGACAACAACCCUUGCUGUGGUCAUACGAAAUCUCUGCUAAAAGCUGAGGCAAUUGUAAAAUUCUGAUUAUACCAUAAGCAUGCGUUUAUGAAUCACAACUGUAAUGAUCCCAGGUGUACGGGAAUAGGUGAGCGUAUUCUGCCCCACUGAUGGCACUCGUAAUAUAAUCAUCAGUCUGGAUCUUAUCAAACAAGAAACAAUUGUUGAAUUAAGAUUAUUGAUUGUAUAUAAAAUAUAAAAUAGAAACAAAAUAUUAAUGAAAGAAACUCGGAUGAUAUUGAUCUUCUAUGGGCGUUUACAAUUCCUGACAUUUGUAGUCAAAUCUAAAUUUUAUAUACGCAGUGGGAACAAAGAUUUCAGGGACAUUUUCAGAAGCACAAGAAAACCGCAGUGUUGACAAGCGUCAGAACCCUUCUGUUAGAUGACGUUUCUGACUGACCUCUAAUCUACUGACUUCUACCACUUGGUGAACAAAAACCUUCUAAGAUGAUUUAUUUAUAAAAGGAACACUUUACUUUGAACAAUUUAUGAACAGUUAUGGUUUCCCAGACCGAUAGGACGUUGUGGCGAAUGAUGAGUUAUUUCAUUGUGAUUCCAUGGGGCACAAACGGCAAUCGUUAAGGUAUCACAGACGAAUGCAGUAAUGCAAGAAUAUGCUGUUAUUGAUGCCGUGGUUAGGAUAUCCGCGCGUGUACACACGGCAAAACCUAGACAAAUGUUUGCCUUGUUCAGUUAAAGUGACUACAAUACCCUCUGUGCCUGGAAUUUCGGGCUGUGUGGUGUUAAAUCAAAGUUGUAUAUUUAUCAGCGCUGUUUCGCUUAAUACAAAUAUAACUCUACAUGUUUACAUUCUUGUUGAGGAGAUUCCAGGCUGUGAUUACGCCAGCGUGUAGGUUAAAAAAUAUAGUGCAAAAUAAUGCUCCUUAUGCAAACACUUGAAGGGCGAAUGUUUUCAAUUUGCAGGGAAAUUGUCGAGGGCAUAUUAAGAGUAACAUACAACACAAAUGUGAUAUCUUCUUUGGAGGCGUUUAGAAGUAAAGAAAAUGGUACAGAAUACAGUGUUAGAACCUACACCGAAAAUCUCUCCUAAUUGUUAUAAAAUUGGUUGGUUUGUUGUUUAACGCGGCACUCAGCAAUAUUCCGGCUAUAUGACGGCGAUGUGUAAAUAAUAUAUCUUGACCAGACGAUCCAGUGAUUGAUAUCAUGAGCAUCAAUUGGGUUGUUAUAAAGAAGUUGUUCAUCCAUGUAUCUUUUCGUUACUAAAUGUGAUAUCCUUUUGAUAUUAAACGUGUCACUAAAAACAAA